GGCCGCCGCCGGGACCCGGCCCGCCGCCCAGGCCGCCACCGCCGCCGCCGCCGCCGGGGCGGGGAGGGGGCACCGCCGGCUCCGCCAUGGUGAAGAAACGGAAAGGCCGUGUCCUUAUCGACUCCGACACCGAGGACAGCGGCAGCGAGGAGAACCUGGACCAGGAGCUCCUGUCAUUGGCCAAACGGAAACGCAGUGACUCUGAAGAAAAGGAGCCACCUGUGAGCAAACCUACAGCAUCUUCGGACUCUGAGACAUCAGACAGCGAUGAUGAGUGGACUGUUGGAGGUUCUAAAAACAAAAAAAAGGGAAAAGCGGGUAAGGCAGAGAAGAAAGGAGCCAUGAAGAGACAGAUGAACAAAGCUGCCUCUUCUGGCAGCUCGGAUAAAGACAGCUCGGCUGAGAGCUCGGCGCCUGAAGAGGGAGAAGUCUCUGACUCAGAAAGCAACAGCUCCUCAUCUAGCUCAGAUUCAGAUUCUUCAUCUGAAGAUGAGGAGUUCCAUGAUGGCUAUGGAGAAGACCUGAUGGGUGAUGAAGAAGACCGAGCUCGACUGGAACAAAUGACGGAAAAGGAGAGAGAGCAGGAACUGUUUAACCGGAUAGAGAAGAGAGAAGUGCUGAAGAGAAGAUUUGAAAUCAAGAAAAAACUAAAAACAGCAAAAAAGAAAGAAAAGAAAGAGAAAAAGAAAAAGCAAGAGGAAGAGCAGGAGAAGAAAAAACUCACACAGAUCCAGGAAUCCCAGGUCAUGUCACAUAACAAAGAGCGGAGAUCAAAGCGGGAUGAAAAGCUAGACAAGAAAUCUCAGGCAAUGGAGGAGCUAAAAGCAGAAAGAGAGAAAAGGAAGAACAGAACAGCUGAAUUGCUUGCAAAAAAACAGCCAUUAAAAACUAGUGAAGUAUACUCUGAUGAUGAAGAGGAGGAGGAGGAUGAUAAGUCUAGUGAGAAAAGUGAUCGCUCAUCCAGAUCGUCAUCCUCUGAUGAAGAGGAAGAGAAAGAAGAAAUUCCUCCCAAGUCCCAGCCGGUGUCCUUGCCUGAAGAACUGAACCGGGUACGGUUGUCGCGGCACAAGCUGGAGCGCUGGUGUCACAUGCCCUUCUUUGCCAAGACAGUCACUGGCUGCUUCGUGCGUAUUGGCAUCGGCAAUCACAACAGUAAACCUGUUUACCGGGUUGCUGAAAUAACUGGUGUAGUAGAGACUGCAAAGGUUUACCAGCUCGGUGGCACACGGACAAACAAAGGCCUACAGUUGCGGCAUGGCAAUGAUUCACGUGUGUUUCGCUUGGAGUUUGUCUCAAAUCAGGAAUUUACUGAAAGUGAAUUUAUGAAGUGGAAGGAAGCAAUGUUCUCUGCUGGGAUGCAGCUACCCACACUAGACGAGAUAAACAAGAAGGAAGUGUCCAUCAAAGAAGCCCUCAACUACAAGUUCAAUGAUCAGGACAUUGAAGAGAUUGUGAAAGAGAAGGAAAGGUUCAGAAAAGCACCUCCAAAUUAUGCCAUGAAGAAAACUCAGCUAUUAAAGGAGAAGGCUAUGGCUGAGGAUUUGGGGGACCAAGAUAAGGCCAAGCAGAUUCAAGAUCAGCUUAAUGAACUUGAAGAGAGAGCAGAGGCCCUGGAUCGUCAACGAACAAAAAACAUUUCUGCAAUCAGUUACAUCAACCAGAGAAAUAGAGAGUGGAAUAUCGUUGAGUCUGAGAAGGCUCUUGUGGCUGAAAGUCACAGCAUGAAAAACCAACAAAUGGACCCCUUUACUAGGCGGCAGUGCAAGCCCACAAUAGUGUCUAAUUCCAGAGAUCCUGCUGUCCAAGCUGCCAUCCUUGCCCAGCUAAAUGCAAAAUACGGAUCUGGUGUGUUACCAGAUGCUCCAAAGGACAUAAAUAAGGGUCAAGGAAAAGAUAAAGAUGUGAACUCUAAAUCAGCUAGUGACCUCUCAGAAGAUCUUUUCAAAGUGCAUGACUUUGAUGUAAAGAUUGAUCUUCAGGUUCCCAGUUCAGAAUCUAAGGCACUGGCCAUCACCUCCAAGGCUCCUCCAGCAAAAGAUGGUGCCCCUCGGCGAUCGUUGAACUUGGAGGACUACAAAAAGAGACGGGGGCUUAUUUGAGCAUGCCCACUCUGCUGCUUCUGAUCCUGCAUGCUCCAUGAUGAUGUCCUACUUUUUCUUCCUCCCUUUUAAGUUCUCCCUUCUGGGUUGGAGCAGCAAUGGAGCUGGGAAGAGACUCUUUAAAACUGCCAGUCAUCUGUAACAUAAACCAUUCAACUAUUUACUGUAUAGACCUCCCUUCUUGCCCUUUCCUCUGCUCCCCUCACAAAUGUGGAUCUGUGCUAUUUGGGGUUUUCCCAUUUCUUUUAGUUUGAGUUUUGUUUUUAUUUUGUUGAUGCAGCUCGUUGGUCCACUCUGUGUUCAGUAUUAGCCUGAGGUCUGGAUUUCCAUAGGAGUCUCUUGGCAGUCACAGAAUCAGCACUUGGUGAUCUCCCCUUGCAUACCACCACAGGCACAGUGAAUUGGCGCCAAGACCUUUGUGGCUGGAAGGUCAUCUGCACUUUCUCCCUCUUCUUCCUCCUUCAUCCUAGCUUUGGAGAAGGGAAUCUUCAAAAACUGGCCUAGGUUCAAAGUGUAAAUUUUUUUGGGAGGGUUGUGUGACUUUUUUUCAGGUGUUUUUUAUCAUUUUUAAGCUGCAGUACUAUUUGUAUCCGUCUGUCACAGUUCUUUACGGCUGUUUGAAUUUCUACCAGCUGUACUUGAGCAUCUGAAAUUGCAAGAAAGAAACUCAUUAAAUGUGAUUCUUCUUACUAAAA